AUGCCGGCCGCCGGGCUCAAGACCAUCAUUGCCCUCUCCUUCGUCCUCGCCGUCGGCUUCCUCCUCGUCAUCCUCUCCUGCGCGCUCUGGAAGGUCUACUACCCGCUCCUCGUGGUCGCGACCUAUGUGAUUGCGCCCAUACCAAACUGGAUCUGCAGCCGCGUCUCCAACCCGGACGACUUUGUCGAGAGCUCCGGCAAUGCCGUCCUCGACCUCGGCCGCUUCAUCACGGGCUUCUUCGUGGUCAUGGGUAUUGCUCUCCCUGCCGUCCUCGCCCACUCGCAGCUCAUCGAAAUGGGCGCCAUGAUCAUGUGCAUCGUCGGAGGCCUGCUCAUCUACGGAACCAUAAUCAGCUUUGGCAUGUUCUUCCAGGAGGACCAGGAAUUUUAA